AUGCCCGCUGAGCAAGCUGAACUAGUUCAACGCUACAUAAAUACUCGAGAAUAUUUAACAAUCAAGAUCUACGAUUGUUAUUUACUAAUUCAUCGAAAUAUUAUUCAAAAUUGUCACGAUCGUGAAUUAGGUUUAGAAUUACCACCUGCAAUUGUCAAACGAAUCUUCGGUUCGAAUCCGUUGUCAGUCAUUGAUGUCACAACGACACAUCAUGUUGAUCCAUCGCUAUACGAUAUAAUCGUAUUUGCGAAUAAAUCAGCUGUUUAUACACGAACGAAACUAGCAGUGGAAAAGACGAGCGGAUUUAAGAAACUACCGUAUUAUGUUCAUGAAGAUUUAGAAUUAUUGAAGUGUUGUGGCAUGUCACGAGAAGAAAUCGAGUUUUUCCGACAGAAAUUAGAUGUUUACGGCUUGAAAAACAAGAUUGUUUCGAAUAAGACCGAUGCAAUCGUGCAAAAAAUUAUUGAUUAUAGUGACAUCUCGACGAGAUUGAAUUGUCGAUUAGUAUCAAAGAAAUGGAAAGCAUUGGUUGACCAGUCAUCAGCGUGGAAUCAUGUUUGUUUGACAAAAUCAUCUCGAUAUAUCGAUCGAGCGUUGAGUUAUUUUCAAAAGAUUGAUAUUCAUGAAUUGGAUAUUUCUCAAUCAACAAAUCAACCUCUAAACUGUGAUAUCAAUAGCAAAUUCUCGUUGUAUUCUCUCCGAACACUUUGUAUAUCUACGGAUCAUUCACGUGAAUUACUAACGUUGUUAUUUAUUCAUUCUUCGUUAACGAUCCCGAUAGACCGGUUCUACGAACAAAUUCAUGCUAUGAUAUGUUUGUGUCGAACUCAUUUGAAAUGCUUACAGAAAUUACAUAUUCAACUUCGAUCUGCAUCAGAUCAAAUAUUCCUGCAAUCAUCAAUCGUUAGUUCAUUACCAAUUACAUAUGAAGUUAUUACUUAG